AACAACACAAAUUGUACAAACUACAUGAAUAACGAUCUCCUGUGCUUUACUCCAAACAACACACACGUUACAAGGCAAAACCUAAAUAUACCAGGUAUCUGCUUGCAACAAUUAACCAUCCCCAUUGAGGUUCGGAACUUUUAUUCACCAAAAAAUGUCUCUGGAGUUAUUCUAUGUGUGUCCAACUGCAGUACCAACAGUGACUCUUUUAUAAACUGUAACAAGGGACAAUGUUCGGUCACCCAACAAGGACCAAAAUGCUAUUGUGUAUCAUCGGACCAGUUCUGGUAUUCAGGAGACAGAUGCCAAGUAUCUAUCAGUAAACCUGGUGUGUACGGUGGAGUGGCUGCUGGUCUGGCCGUACUUCUCAUUAUUAUUUUGACUCUGGCUAUAAUUCUGUGCAGACGGAGACGUCAAGCUUCAGAGAAGCUGAUAGACAAAGAGAAUCGCUGGUAUGAAGAUGGCUGGGAAGCAGAUGGUAAAGGUGAAAGAUCUGUGGACACCGAAAGUGGUGCAAGUAAUUUCUAUCCGGUCCUUGAGAAUGUGAAUACAGAUGUCAAGAUGACUGUUCCCCGACCAAGCCCCUAUUUUGGGCCACGAUCUGUACCAACAGCUAUGUGGGAAUCAUCCACCUGAACACAUCAAUGAAUAUCGAAAUGUUUUAUAGGUGGAGGCCGUCAACAGGCAUCUUACAUU